UGAUGGGUUUGAAAUGAUGCUUUCCACACAAACGCGUCCCAAGUUAAACUUUAUCAAAGACCAAACCCCCCAUUUCCUCCUUUUAUACCAAUUACCUAAAGAGAAGUACUCCAAAAAAAACCAACAAAACUCAGAAAUACCCACAAACCACAUUCACCGAAAACCAAAAAUGAUAGAAGACCGCCGAGGAGAAGGAGGAGGAGCACCGCACGCCGCCAUAUUCGCCGUGGUGGUGGUGGCGGUGGUGGUUAUCUCGGUCGUGAUGGGCGACGACCUGGGGCAAGUCCUGACCGACUUCAUUGCCGAGCUCUUAAGCCCGGUGGGCCUGCUGCUACUCCCCAUCGGCCUCCUCCUCGCCAUCGUAUUCCUCUCCUCCGACGCCGGCUCCGCCUUCUCCGGCCUCUUCUCCACCGGCGAACCCGACUCCAUCCACCGUGUCAGCGGGUCGCCCGUCGGAGUUGCCCUGUUUCUAGCUCUGAUCCUCUUUCUCCUCUACAGCCGGGUCUCCAUUUUCGGCGGCGACGAUGGAUCGAACGAGUAAUAUCGGUCGUGUUUACUUCUGAUGGGUUUUUUUUAUUUAUGAUCUCAUUUUCUCAUGUUUUCUUCUUUUCUUAUAUUUAGUAGUACACACGUAUAUAGAGUAUCGGUAUCGGAUACAGAUACGUAGAAUGUGUAUGAACACGAUGGGUGGUUGUAGUUUACAGAAAUUUUCCGAUCACUUCUGGAGGGUAUUUUGGUCUAUAUUCGAUAUAGUGAACAUAAUUUACUUUGUUUGUAGUCUAUUUUUAAGUCGGGUUUUACUUUGAUGAUCAAAAUUGUUUUUUUUGAUGAAUCCUAUGUGUUUUUUUUGUUUUUUGGCAAAAUGAUGUAUUCCAUUGGAUAUCGAUAAACUUUGAAUGAAAUAUGAUAGAAUUAAAAAUA